AUGCAACCACCAAAGAAACAAAUCAAGCUAGGGAGUAGUAGCUCCAAUGCAAGAGCAGCAAUACCAACUUCACCACAUUCCAUUGAUGCAAGUCAAGAACAUGUGGAGAGUCCAAGAAGAGGAGAAGAUGAUUGGGCACUUGUAACCUUUGUUGGAGAACAAAUCCAAGACCCAAGAAAGUGCAAGAAGGCAAUGGAGAAGGAAGCUAGGCUUGAGCAAGCUCUUCAAGCUAGAUGUAGUGAGUACUCACAACUCACCAAGGAGUUCCUCUCCACAGUAGCUCUUGCCUUUCCCAACCACAAUGGAGACCAACCAGCUGGUGAUGGACUCCUACUCUUCAAGAUAGGCGAUGCCAAUGGGCGCAUCUCCAUCUCAGCUCUAUGCCAACUCUUUGGACUUCCCAAUGAGACAGCACAUGACUUCAAGGAGAACUCAAAGAGGAAACAAGCUGCCUUUGCUGAUUGGACACACUUUGCCAAUGAACCAUUCUUGCCUUCAAGGUCAAAGGUGUCUAGAAUCACUCAUCCAGCCAUUCGCUAUGUGCACCGCCUCAUCUCCACCACUUUCCAAUGCAAACAAGAAGCCAACAAGGUCACAACUGAUGAGUUCUACAUCCUCACCACACCAUUCAUCAAGCAUGAGUACAAGGCCAACCUUGGACUUUUACUUGCCAAGACAUUCAUCAAUGUGAGGAAGCUAGCUCAAGACUUGGAAGGCAACAAGAAGCUUUGUGUUCGUUUUGGGAGGCUUAUCACGGCCAUAGUACAACAUGUGGGGAUUGACAUUCCCAACUAUGAGCCACUACCCAAGCCAACCCCUUUGGAUCUCCAUGCUCUUCAGCACAUCCACUUCCUAAACCGUUGGACUAAAGACCCAACUCGGUUUUGCUAUGAGUUUCCAAUUGGUCCAGCCAACACUUCCCUUGUCUUGCUGCCACAUGAAGACAUCCCAAGCCUACGCUCAGGAGUUGUCACUUUCCAGCCCAAUGAGGAAGACUUCUAUGUUCCAUCAAGUGAGAAACCAUCAUUCCCCAUGCUCACCUAUCGCACACUUCAGCAUGCAGUCAAGACUCAACGCCGCCACCAAGAACGCCAUGUUCUCACUACUGGCAUGGCCGCGCACCAAGCUCUAGACCGUGUUAACAAGCUGGAGAAGAUAGUGGAAUGCCAAUCUCGCUUCAUCUCACGCCUAGUCGUGUAG